CCUCUCGCAGUGAAUGAUGCGGCGGCGGUGGGUCUGCACGCUGCUCGCUCCGCUCUGCGUGCUGUUCGUGGUGCUGAGGAGCGGUGCCGAGGAAAAAGAGCCGGAGUCUGCACCGCGGCUCAUCGUCAGGUCGGUCGUCGCGUACUCGGCAGAGGCGGAGCACUCGGCCGCCCUCGCCGCUGGCGGCCCACCCCGUGACGACAACGGCGACGGGCCGCUGCACGCGGAAGGGUGGCUUGCGCUGGACGGCGUCCUGUUCCUCCUCAGGGCCUUCGACGACCGCAGAGUGCCACACCUGCCCGCCGUCCGCCUUCUGAGCCUGGUCAGGGGGGUGAGGGUGCCGCCGAACUUCUUCUGCCGCCUCCGCUUUCACGGACGUCGCGAGGUGCACGCUGCCAAGGUGCUACCCACGGAGAUAUGGUCGUCCGAAUGGAAGGCGCCCUUGUCGAACACAACGUUCCGACCUUUCCUCCUGACUUGCCCGUACAAAAAAUCAUUGGAGCAGCCUGUGACUGUGUCGAUAUCCCUCCAGAAAGCGUUCGAAACCACCCCUCGUUUGCCCGUUGUUUCAUGGGUGAAAAGUGAGCCAUCGAAUCAGGUGUCAGUGGCUGUGUGCGUGAAAGGACUGAACUUUCCUAGCCGCUCUGAUGACAUUUCGCGUCAGAUUGCCGAGUGGAUCGAGAUAAACGGAGCUCUGGGCGCGUCCAAGUUCUUCGUUUACGUGCAGAAGGUGGACGAAAAAGUGCAACGACUGCUGAAACACUACAGUGACCGGGUCGAGGUAGUGGACGAGCCCCUGCCGCCCGGGUUGCUGCUGUCUGACCUCAGUGAACUGUGGCAAAAACGCAGAUUUGAACUGGUGUCCUACAACGACUGCCUCUACAGGAGCAUCGGCCGGCACCAAUUUGUCUUGCCCUUGGACGUGGACGAGGUGCUGGUGCCCGUCAAGCACCUCUCGUGGCAAGAGACGCUGGCCGACCUCGUCGCCACCCACGAUCGCAGUCCAGCCUCGUUCGCCGUGCGCAACUUUUUCUUUUUCUCAUCCGCUGCGAACACCUCUCCCUUGGACCUCCUUUUCCGCAGCUCUUAUGAAACGACAGGGACGUAUAAAAGUUUCGCCGCCACGGACCGUACGCUCACUUUGUUCAACCACUACGCUUUACACACUCUGAUUCCGGGAACUCAGCGAAUGGAAGUUGCAGACCAAAGUGUGGCGCAGGUGAAUCACUACCGUCAAGGCUGUUCGCCUCUCAUGGCCAAUGACUGCCAAAACAGAUACUUACGCUUCACUCAGAGGGAUGAGAUUCUACUGAGCAGGGUGGACAAAGCUCGAGUUUUGAAAAUAGUGGAAUCCAGUCUAAACGCUUCGAGGGCUGUCUAAAAAUACAAAAUACAUUUGUUUAAAUAAUGUUUGAUAAAAGUAAAGUCAUCGCAGGGUACUAGUUGCCCUUCAUCUAAGUUUAUGGCCCUUUAGUUUUUGAACAAAUCUGAAAUUAACAAAACACAAAGAUAAUGCUUUGCUUGCAAGGCCACGCUGCUGUUACUUAUAAUUUUAAGUUGCUUUUGUCGUAAUAAAAGCUUUUCCGGAAAUUAACAUAAUUAUGAGCUAAAUGGAAAUAAUAUGAUAUAUCUAUUAAAAACGGUCAAGCAAUUUUAGUCCAUAAAAAUAGUUUGAGUCACAGAAUUCGCUGUAUAUCAUUCUGUGAUAUUGAUAUAAUGAUUGUGUAACACUGCCACAUAUUUAAUUAAUUUUAAUAUUCUCAUAAAAAUUUGAGCCCAA